AAGUAAAAUGAGAUGUAUAAGUUUUAAAUGAAAAGUACAAAGUGUAAUUCAAUUGGCUGUGUCAUAAUAAAUGAUGCUUAAUUAAAAAUCUAUUCUCAGCUCAACUGGUGGUGCUUUCAUUUUCUAUUCUUGAUAUUUAAUAGUUGUGUUGAUUGAAUUGAAAAAAAAAUGGAAUCGGCGUACAGAAAACUAUUGAAAAAUCCACGGAAUGGUGCCAAUUUUUUAUCGGUGGUAUUCUUCGGCUGGUCAAUACCGAUUUUUAAAAAGACUUACAAUAAUGUUUUACACCCAAAUGAUGUAUUUGAACCGAUUGAUGAAGAUUACUCCGACAGACUGGGAGAUCGAUUGGAAAAACAUUGGGAAGCUGAGCGAGUGAAAAAAGUACGGCCAUCAUUGUUACGUGCCUUAUUUAAAACGUUUUGGUUUGAAGUGCUUGUUCUGGCAAUUUUUUGUAUGUUUACGGAUUGUAUUUGUCGUCUGAUAUACGCUUUUUUAUUUGAACGACUUUUAUCAUACUUCCGUGAAAAUUCUGAUGUAACUGGAGAUGAUGCAUUGAUGUAUGGAAGUAUAUUUUUUGUGCUCACCGUUUGUUAUGGCAUUGCAUUACUCCAUUAUCUCUACCGAGGCAUGUGCUGCAGUAUGAAGCUUCGUGUCGCCCUUAGUAGUAUUAUUUAUCGAAAGACACUUCGCCUGUCACAACGAUCUCUGAGCAAUAUUGCACCGGCAAAACUGGUGAAUUUAUUGUCGAAUGAUGUUCAACGAUGUAAUACUGUCAGUUUAUUACAUCCAUUGUGGAUCUCACCCUUGGUAUCAAUUAUAGCUGCCUAUAUAUUAUGGACGGAAAUUCAAUGGGCUUCCCUCAUCGGAAUGGCUAUCAUUUUCCUCUUUGUGCCAAUACAAAGUUAUGCCGGUAAAUUGUUGACAAAGGUUCGAUUCGAAACUGCAUUGCGAACGGAUGAACGUGUUCGAUUUAUGGAUGAAAUUGUGUCUGGUGUUCAAGUGAUAAAAAUGUUUGGAUGGGAACGUCCAUUUGAAGGUCUAAUAGCAGCUGCACGACGCAGUGAAUUGAAAUUCGUUUUGAAAAAUCUUAAUAUUCAAACAUUUCAAAUGACAAUCUACCUUUUUACAACACGAGUUGCGCUUUUCUGUACAGUGCUAUCGUUUGUAUGGAUAUACGGAAGCCCAGAAAUGACAGUUUCAAAAAUGUUUACCACUGCAUAUCUACUUAAUUUAAUUUCGAUGGCAAUGUGCCGCAUAUUUAUUCGAGCUAUAUCUGAGAUCAGUGAAGUGUAUGUUUCAUUUAAACGUUUACAAAACUUUCUUGAAUAUGAAGAAAAUGAUGAAUCUAAGAAUGAAUCAGAAGAGAUAAGCUGUGAUGAAUUGACAUCACAAAAUCUAGCUAUUUCAAUGAAAAAUAUUUCAGUCCAAUGGAAUUCGCCCGAGGAUCAAAAUAAAUCCGCAAAGGUUGAUAAAUACAAAGGAGCAAUUGAAUUAGACACAAGCAAGGACGAACCGUUUCAAUUGCAAGACAUUAAUUUGGAAGUGCCAAAGGGAAAAUUGGUGUUCAUCGUGGGAUCCGUUGGAAGUGGCAAAUCGACACUUAUGCAAGUUUUGCUAAGGGAAUUACCUGUUAAACAAGGUCUUUUCGGAAUUAAUGGUACAGUUUCGUAUGCAAGCCAAAUGAGUUGGACAUUUACAUCGACAAUUCGACAAAAUAUCACUUUUGGCCAAACGUUGAACCGAUCGCGUUACGAUGAAGUUAUUAAAUGCACAGCUUUAACUAAGGACUUUAAACAGUUUAGUAGUGAGGAUAUGACAAUGGUGGGCGAAAAUGGAGCUGGACUUUCGGGUGGCCAAAAAGCGAGAAUCAAUUUGGCUCGAGCGAUGUACCGAAAAGCCGAUAUAUAUUUAAUCGAUGACCCACUGAGUGCUGUAGAUUCACAUGUACAAUCUCAUUUGUUCAAAAAAUGCAUUGGACCCAAUGGUUAUUUGGCGCGACAAAAUGCCACACGCAUAUUAAUUACACAUCAAUUGCAUUUCAUGAAGGAAGCCGACUGGAUUGUUGUUUUGAAUGAUGGAAAAAUUGAAGUACAAGGAGAUUAUGAUACGGUAUUGAAGACCGGAGUUGAUUUUACUAGGUUGCUGGGCCGAAAUGAGAACGAUCAGGUUGGUCAAAAUGAAGAACAGCUCAAACGUAGAGAUUCGGCAAUAUCACAGAGAAGUAAAAGUGCAUCGUUAGAUGAAGGAACAAGAUUUUUGGAAGGAAAUAAUGAAGAGGAAAAUCCAUUAGCUAUUGAGUUGGAGGCAUCAUCAUCGGGGAAAAUCAAAGGAUCUCUCCUUUUUAGUUAUUUGAAAUCGUCAAAUAUUCCAUGCGCUUUAUUACUUUUAGGUGCAUUAUUUGUGAUCACUCAAGUUAUUACUAGCACCGCCGAUAUUUGGGUUUCUUUGUGGAUUAGAAGUGAAGAAAGACGAGUAUAUCUAUUGAAACAUAAAAAUGAGACAACUUCAGAUGAUGGACAAAAUUUAUGGUCUACCAACACAUACAUAUAUAUCUAUGGUGGAAUUAUGAUCUCGUUGAUAUUAAUAGCAACCAUUAGGUCAACAAUAUUCUCUCUGGCAUGUACGAAAGCAUCACAGAGUUUACAUGACACAAUGUUUCAUGGAUUGAUAUCCACAAAAAUGAAAUUUUUCAACGAAAAUCCUGUUGGUCGCAUAAUGAAUUUGUUCACGAAGGACAUGGGCAGCGCUGAUGAUAUACUGCCAAAAACUCUUUUGGAAGCAGCACAAUGUAUUUGCAUUGUGGUUGGUUCAAUCUGUGUUAUCAUUUUCACGGAUACCAAACUUUCAAUUGUGAUUCUUGUAAUGGGAGUUAUAUUCAUUUUAUUGCAAAAAGUUUAUUUGAAAUGUUCCACAAACAUCAUGCGAUUAGAAGCAAUAACGAAAUCACCUGUAUUUACACACAUUUCGGCAACAUUAAACGGUCUAUCAACGGUUAGAGCAUUUCAAGCCGAACCAAUUUUACGAGAUGAGUUUGAACGACACCAAAACCUUAAUACAGGCACUUGGUCAAUGUUUUUGGGUAUAUCACAUGCAUUUGGAUUAUCGUUGGAUAUGAUGGUAUAUGUUUUCAUUGGUGUUGUCCUUUAUAUAUUCCUGAUUGUAAAUGAAGGUGUAACUGGAGACCGGGUGGGUCUAGCAAUAUCACAGGCGCUUAGUUUAUUGGGAAUAUUGCAAUACGGAGUGAGACAAAGUGCCGAUGUGACGAAUCAACUAACGUCUGUAGAACGUAUUUUAAAAUACAGCCAAUUAGAGCCAGAGAUACAGCCAGAAGUACCACAGAAAGUAUCUUCCGACUGGCCAUCAAAAGGGAAAAUUGAAUUCAAACAAGUUUUUUAUCGGUAUUCGGCUGACGAUGAGCCAGUUUUGCGUGGAUUGUCAUUCUCUGUGAAACCCAAAGAGAAAGUCAGUGUCGUGGGCAGAACGGGAGCUGGGAAAUCAUCAUUGAUCAGUUCAAUUUUCCGAUUGGCUAUCGUCGACGGCGACAUACUGUUGGACGAUGUCAAUACAUCCUCGGUUGAUUUGAAAGUAUUGCGAUCGAGAAUAUCGAUUAUACCUCAAGAACCGAUUCUUUUCUCGGGCACUUUACGAAGGAAUUUGGAUCCAUUCGAAGAAUAUUCCGACGACGAUAUCUGGAAUGCGCUUGAAAAUGUUGAGCUAAAGGAAUUCAUAUCGAAGCAUAACGGAUUGCAAAUGCCUGUUCUAGCUCAUGGGCAAAAUUUCAGCACUGGUCAACGACAAAUCUUAUGUUUAGCGCGUGCAAUUUUAAGAAAGAAUCGCAUCAUAAUUCUGGACGAAGCAACUGCAAAUGUUGAUCUGCGAACUGAUGAAAUGAUUCAAAAGACAAUACGUG